AUGCACGACGGUAAUUUGGGUAACUGCGACAAUAGCCAGUGCAUCGCCGACGAAAGGCCAACGGGGCAUGGCAGCGCCGCACUGUUCUGCUGCUGCAGCACGCACCACUGCAAUCGACGUGUGCUCUUUCCGCCACAGCGUAUUUCAACUCAUGCUGUGAUGCUUGCUUCGAUUAAACUGUGUUGUUUUAAAGCAUAUGCCAUUCGAAAUUAUGUUAUUUCAGCAGCGCCGACAACGGACGAUCCCGCGGAAUUGGAAGAUCCAGGAAUACUCGGUACAGGGAGCAGAAUGUUCGCAAUCAUUAUUCUUGGCUUAUUCUCCCUCUGUGUUUUGGUCUUGUUCUGCUACUACAGUUAUCGGGAAUAUCGAAACAGCCAACAUUACAAACAGAAGUCGGCAGAUGCGUUUUCGUUGCCAACCGUCGGUGAUGCAAAAGCACCGUUAAUCGAAAGUGGAAAUAAGAAUGGCGUGAAGAGUGUGACUAAUCUUGAGCCAGUAACUCGCGGGCGAUUUGGCGAAGUCAGUCGAGGAAUGCUCGGUAACAUUCCUGUUGCUGUGAAAAUUUUCCCGGCCGCAGAUGCUAAUAGUUGGAUUGCUGAACAGGAAAUUUACACGAUUCCAUCUCUUCGAAAACACGAUAACAUAUUGCGAUAUUUCGGUGCCGAAGUUCAUGACAACGAUUUCUGGUUGAUCACUGAAUUUCAUGAUAACGGCUCAUUGUAUGAUUUUAUAAAGUAUCGCACACUGACAUUGCGAGAAUCGCUGAAAGUUAUUGCGACAAUGCUCAGAGGCUUAUCGUUCCUUCAUGAAGAAAAAAUGAUUGACGGUUGUAUGAAGCCGUGCAUUGUUCAUCGGGAUUUCAAGUCACGCAACGUGCUUCUCAAACCCGAUUUAACAUCUGUGAUUGCCGAUUUUGGUUUAGCUUUGAAAUGUGAAAAUGGACAAAUGCCUUCUGAAAAGAGCCACGGACAGGCUAGUCCAAAGGGAUCUACUGUUUUUUCCGUCACUGGCUUUUGCAAAUUUGAGCAGCGCUUUUAUUCUAAUCGAAGCAUUCGUUCGUUGUGUUUCAGGGAUUUCAAGUCACGUAACGUGCUUCUGAAACCCGAUUUAACAUCUGUGAUUGCCGAUUUUGGUUUAGCUUUGAAAUGUGAAAAUGGACAAAUGCCUUCUGAAAAGAGCCACGGACAGGUUGGCACACGUCGUUACAUGUCGCCAGAAGUGUUGGAGGGAGCUACCGAGUUCACUGCAUUUGCCUUCCGUCAGAUUGAUGUUUAUGCGGCAGCGCUUGUGCUAUGGGAAGUUUUAUCGCGAACCGCAAUGGGUCGAGAUGACGAACUGGACGAGUAUCAGCGUCCGUACGAGAAGGAGGCCGGCUCACAACCGACCCUGCAUGAGCUGAGACGAGUUGUUGUUGCUGAGAAAAAACGCCCGUGCAUUCGUGAUGCCGUCAAAGAGCAUAAUAUUGGUGGUGUGCUGUGGAAGACAGCUGAAGAUAUGUGGGACAUGGAGCCGGAUGGACGCAUCACGUCCGGUUGCGCAUUUGAACGUGCCAACACACUGUACAUGUCUUAUGCGAACGACCUGAAAUUGGACAGCAGCCCGCAACAGCCGCCCAAAAGUUCGUUCCAUUCAUUUCUUCUGAUAGCUUUGGUCAAUGUGCCGCCACCUCCUUAUUCGCAGGACGAGUCGGCAUCGAUAGUGGCAGUGCCCAUGGCAGCUCUACUUAUCAAGGAUGGCUCGCUGGGCUCGAAUGGCUUCCACCCCUCGGUCGAUGAGUACACGCAGGCCUGUCCAGUACCAGCUCCGAAUAAUGGCCGCUGUUUUUCAGGCCCUAUCGCUGCUAGGCAGCAGCAGCAGUGGAGCAACCCGAAUCAGCAGCAUUGCGGCAGUCGACCUCUUUCAUAG